GAGGAGAUUGUGACUGAGCCUCAAACCUGAAACCAGUCCAAGGUGGGCCAUAGAGGCCCAGGGUGGGCCGUGACCCCUGGUGAAGAGAAGCUUUGGAUAGUGCUGCUUGAGAAGCCUGUUGGGGAGGCCUGAGGGGUCCAGCUCCCCUAGGCUGGCUGCUGCGCAGAUGCUGGACAACAGAGCCAGGAUGGAGGCCGCCAAGAAGGAGAAGGUGGAGCAGAUCCUGGCAGAGUUCCAGCUGCAGGAGGAGGACUUGAAGAAAGUGAUGAGGCGAAUGCAGAAGGAGAUGGACCGUGGCCUAAAGCUAGAGACCCACGAGGAGGCCAGUGUGAAGAUGCUGCCCACCUACGUGCGUUCCACCCCGGAAGGCUCAGAAGUUGGGGACUUCCUCUCCCUGGACCUGGGCGGCACCAACUUCAGGGUGAUGCUGGUUAAGGUGGGGGAGGGCGAGGCAGGGCAGUGGAGCGUGAAGACCAAGCACCAGAUGUACUCCAUCCCUGAGGACGCCAUGACGGGCACAGCCGAAAUGCUCUUUGACUACAUCUCCGAGUGCAUCUCUGACUUCCUGGAUAAGCAUCAGAUGAAGCACAAGAAGCUGCCCCUGGGUUUCACCUUCUCCUUUCCUGUGAGGCAUGAAGACAUUGACAAGGGCAUCCUUCUCAACUGGACCAAGGGCUUCAAAGCCUCGGGAGCAGAGGGGAACAACAUCGUGGGGCUUCUACGGGAUGCCAUCAAACGGAGAGGGGACUUUGAGAUGGACGUGGUGGCGAUGGUAAAUGACACAGUGGCCACAAUGAUCUCCUGCUACUAUGAAGACCGCCAGUGUGAGGUCGGCAUGAUUGUGGGCACGGGCUGCAACGCCUGCUACAUGGAAGAGAUGCAGAACGUGGAGCUGGUGGAAGGGGAUGAGGGCCGAAUGUGCGUCAACACCGAGUGGGGCGCCUUCGGGGACUCUGGCGAGCUGGACGAGUUUCUGCUGGAGUAUGACCGCCUGGUGGACGAGAGCUCCGCGAACCCCGGUCAGCAGCUGUACGAGAAGCUCAUCGGCGGCAAGUACAUGGGCGAGCUGGUGCGGCUCGUGCUGCUCAGGCUAGUGGACGAGAACUUGCUCUUCCAAGGGGAGGCUUCUGAGCAGCUGCGCACGCGCGGUGCCUUUGAAACGCGCUUCGUGUCACAGGUGGAAAGCGACUCGGGAGACUACAAGCAGAUCCACAACAUCCUGAGCACGCUGGGGCUUCGGCCCUCCGCCGCGGACUGCGACAUCGUGCGCCGUGCCUGCGAGAGCGUGUCCACGCGCGCCGCGCACAUGUGCUCGGCGGGGUUGGCGGGCGUCAUCAACCGGAUGCGCGAGAGCCGCAGCGAGCAGGUGAUGCGCAUCACGGUGGGCGUGGACGGCUCCGUGUACAAGCUGCACCCCAGCUUCAAGGAGCGGUUCCACGCCAGCGUGCGCCGGUUGACGCCCAGCUGCGAGAUCACCUUCAUCCAGUCAGAGGAGGGCAGCGGCCGGGGGGCGGCCUUGGUCUCCGCGGUGGCCUGUAAAAAGGCCUGCAUGCUGGGCCAGUGAGAGCAGAGGCCCCAGGGACUGGGAGGAGGCAGACCACUGUACCCGGACCCCAAAGGGACAGCGCUUCCCACAGGUGCUCCCAGCCUGGCCAGGGCAGGAGGCCUGGCCUUGUCAGAACCCUGGAUGCCUCCCAGUCCCGCUAGGGAAGGAGGAACCGACCAGGCCUCUUCUGUGAGUCAGUCAGUGAGACAGACCCAGGGCCCUGACCGGUCAGAGGGAUGGGGCACAGGAACAGAUCACGCAGCUCCUCUCCUUUCUUGCUGGAAUCAGCUACCCAGACCGGAGUUGCUCAUCCAGGACUUCAUUGCAUCUCCACACUGGCAGCCUCUCGGAGUUGUCAGCCUGGCUUGGGCCCCACCUCUCAGAAGGGGGUGCCCUCUGGUCGCUGCUGUGGCCUGACUCCCCUUGGAGUGCCUCCCGUGUGGGGAGGCAGCUCCAGCAGCUCUGCCAUGCCUAGGCCUGAGCCCCACAAGAGCCAGGGGCAGCUGAUACCCAGGCCUGGCUGUUCUCUUGCCUGUGGCUUAGGAGACCCAAGAAGCAAUGGGUGGACACUCCAUGGAGGAGGUAUCCCAGGCUGUGGGUACCCCCAGAGACCUUUGCCCACCCUUAACACCCAUCCCUAAACGGUUUGUGCUUCUGGCAUGAACCCUCACAGCAGUUGCAAGAGACAGAGCCACCAAGCCCUUCCCCUAGGGGGGCCCAUGAAGGGGCAGAGGACCAGCCCUGCACUGUCAGGAGCCCCCUACCUGCUUCCAAAGGCAGGGUGGCUUCUUCAGCUCCCAUGGCAAUGGCUCAGGAAGAAACCCCAAGCAGCACUCAGCACACCCCAGAGGGCCACCCAAGCCCUUCCUCUGGUCCUCACCAGACCUCUCAUAUGCCAUGCCACCUUCUCCGUGCCUGGCUGUGCGCAUGGACUAUGUGAGUUUUUUAAUCAAAGAUUAAAAAGUUAUAAACAUGGUCUGUUUACCAUUCUUUGACCUCUGUGCAUAAGGUCUAUGGCAUCAAUAUAGAAAGAGAAAUUGUCGUAUGCAUGUGCACGCUUCUGUAAACCAAGAUUCAUCUUGGGAUCUGCCAUCCUUUGCAGCCUGCAAUGCCCAGGGCAUUGUGAAGAGCAACAGACUAGGCUGUAGGAAUAGGAAUGGGGUGACGGGGGUGGGCCAGAGGUACUGAACAAUAGACUGCCCUGCCCCCUGUUUGCCAGGUCAAGUGCUGCUGGGGUGGGGAAGGGGAUCCUGCUGCAGGUUAAGUCUCAGCAGGGUCCUGUCUCCUCAGGGCCACUUAGGUUCUGACAGUGAGUGGGGGGCCAGGAAUACAAGAUGUCACAGGAUUUCUAAGGUCCCACCAGAUGCUCCUAUUUAGAGUUAGCCAGCAUAGGGCCUAAUGCUAUUUUCAUGCAGCUUAAACACAGUUCCAUACAAAUGUAUAGCUGUGUGACUGAGACGCGCAUUUUCUAAUGGGAGAAAGUAUACCAGGCCAGUCAGGAUCAACUGUUUGUUUCAUUCAGAACUUAACCCAAGGUUGUGAUUUUGGAAAGUACUUCCCCCUUCAGAUCUCGUUUUUCUUGGGGGUUUUUUUGUUGUUGUUUUGGUUUGGUUUUGAGGUUUUUGGCCGGGGCUGGGGUUUGAACCCACCACCUCUGGCAUAUGGGGCCGGUGCCCUACUCCUUGAGCCACAGGCGCCACCUAAGAUCUCUCGUUUUCUUGUACUUCUUAUGUGGGAUUGCUUCAAUUCAUAGUAUUCUCGAGUCUAAGCAUCGUAAAGUGGUGCAAAUGUCUUAUGCAUUAUCCGUAUCAUUGUACUCACAUUGGAACAUUCACGUAUUAGCACACAUUUCAAAAUAUAUGGCUUUCUAUUUCUCCUUUAUGUUAUAAUUUAGGGCAUUGUAUCAACUUUUAAGAAUUAUUUGUGUAGGCUCAGUGCCCAUAGCUCAAUGGUUAGGGCACCAGCCACAUACACUGAGGCUGGUAGGUUCGAACCUGGCCCAGCCUACUAAACAACAAUGACAACUACAACAAAAAAAUAGCCAGGCAUUGGGGCGGCACCUGUAGUCCCAGCUACUUGGGAGGCUGAGGCAAGAGAAUUACUUAAGCCCAAGAGUUUGAGGUUGCUGUGAGCUGCAACACCAUGGCACUCUACCAAGGGCAACAAAGUGAGACUCUAUCUCAAAAA